CGUGAAUCGUGUGUUAUUCACUUAUUUCUCCAGCCUCACCUUGCAGCUCUCUUAUCCUCUUUCCGAAUUAUAGAUUUCCAUGAUAAACAUGUGGCUAAGAUUUUUUUCCCUGUUAUUAUUAAAGAUUUUGUCAUGGAAAGCUGGAAACUUGGGCACUAUUUCUAUCAUCCUACUGCAUAUUUGCUCGAAAUUUGUUUGUCGGGCUCAAGCUCAACCCUCCAAGAACAAAAUACCCACAGAUUUUCUUCCAACGUCCAAGAUGCUCUAUUCAUCAGAAAUUCUAACACCUUCAAUUAGGCUCGAUUCUCGUUUGUUUCAUACUAGACAUUUUUUCAGAGUGUCCACUGUGAAUUGCAGGAUCUUUGUACAUAUGUUUUUUCAAUUACCCAUUACGUGAAUAAGUGAACAAAGAGGAAUUAAAAUUUCAUAACCAUUGAAAAAAGGCAAAUGGGCUACCUAGAGGAACUCAAUAAAGAGAGGUCGAAUCCUGAGAUAAACGGCAGAAAAAACACUUUCGUUCAAAAGGACGAACGAGUUCACGAGCUUCUUGUCAAGGUAAAAACUCAUGAUGAGAAAAUACAAUUUUACCCUGCACCGGGCUCGACUCUAUGUGUUCUCUGCACAAACGAGGGGACUUGUCAAGUUGUUCAGUCACGAACAAAGCUAAUGGACAUACUAUUACAUAAGGGAAAGCCUCAAGAAUCGAUUUUUAUUUUCAACAAUUUAAUCCAAGAAGGACACAAACCGUCCAUAAUAACAUACACCAUACUCUUAUCCUCAUUGACCGUCCAAAAACGAUUCGAGUACACAAACACAAUAAUAGCUCAGGUGGAGAACAACGGGCUGGAGCCCGACACAAUUUACUUUAAUGCCCUCGUGAAUGCCUUUGCGGAGUCGGGCGAAAUGGAGAAGGCCAUGAAAAUGCUCGAGAAAAUGAAGCUGCGCGGAAUGAAACCCACUACUAGCACUCUCAACACGUUGAUCAAAGGUUACGGGCUUUGCGGAAAGCCCGAGGAAGCUGUACAAAUAAUGGAGCUAAUGUGUAAAGAGCACAACAUAAAGCCCAAUUCGAGAACCUAUAAUGUGCUCGUUCAGGCUUGGUGUAAUAAGAAUAAUUUGAAGGUGGCUCGUGAUUUAGUGUCGAAAAUGGGGGGUUCGGGAGUGGGGCCCGAUGCCAUUACUUACAACAUGCUGGCUAAGGCUUAUAUUAAGGAUGGGCAGAUGGGGGAGGCUAAAAACGUAAUUUUGGAGAUGGCGAGGAAUAAUGUGCGUCCGAAUGAUAGGACCUGCGGCAUUAUAAUAUCGGGCUACUGCAAGGAAGGUAGAAUACGGGACGCUGUGAGAUUCGUUUAUAAGAUGAAGGAUCUUGGGAUAAAGCCUAAUCUCGUCAUUUUCAACUCGUUGAUCAAAGGGUAUGUUGACAUGUCGUAUAGGGAUGGCAUUGAUGAGGUUUUAGGUUUGAUGGUGAAAUUCAAGGUCAAACCGGACGUGAUCACGUUCAGCACCAUCUUGAAUGCAUGGAGCGAGGCCGGCUACAUGAUCAAGUGCCAGGAAGUUUUCAAUGACAUGGUUCGGGCCGGCAUAAAGCCCGAUCUCCACGCAUACAGCAUCAUAGCCAAGGGCUAUGUUCGGGCCCAAGAGCCCGAUAAGGCAGAGGAACUCCUGGCUGCCAUGGAGAAAGCCCGUGUGGGCCCAAAUGUCGUGGUCUACACAACCGUCAUCAGUGGAUGGUGCAACCGGGGCUCGAUGGGCUCCGCCCUUAAGCUUUUCGGUAAAAUGGUUGAGAAUGGGAUAUCCCCCAAUUUAAAGACGUUCGAAACCCUAAUUUGGGGCUAUGUGGAAAACAAGCAGCCAUGGAAAGCUGAGGAAGUUUUGCGGGUUAUGGAGAGGUUUCGGGUUCGGCCCGAAAAGAGCACUUUUGGGUUGAUUGCCGAAGCUUGGCGUGGGGCCGGGCUAACCGAUGAGGCGAACCGGAUAAUGGGCUCGUCUGGAAAUUCGGUUACGGUUGAGGAAAUGCAUGAAGAUGGGCUAGAGAUAUUUUACGAGAAGGGAGGGGUAAAUUCGUCAUUUACGGUCUUGAGGGAUCAGAAGGGAUUGGCUGGCGGGCCGGGAGGUUCGUGCUCGACUAAAGUUGUGAACUUUAAGGGUCGGCAUUUGGGGGGACGAUGGCCGGUGGUUGGCCGGAGAAGUUUUCAGGGGCAGAUUUGUGUGUCUGCUCAGUUUGCACCAUGUUGUUGUAUGCAGACGAUGGGCUACCUAGAGGAAUUUGAUAAAGAGAGGCCGGAUCCUGAGGUAAACAGCAAAAACACCACACGAGUUCAAGAGCUUCGUCUCAAGGUAAAAACUCAUGAUGAGAAAAUACAAUUUCACCCACCACUGGGCUCAACUCUCUGUGCUGUCUGCGCAAAUGAGGGAAGUUGUGAAGUUGUUCGGUCGAGAACAAAGAUGAUGAACAGACUAGUAGAUAUGGGAAAGCCUCAAGAAUCCGUAUCCAUUUUUAACGAUUUAAUCCAAGGACACAAGCCCAAUUUGAUAACCUACAACGUGCUUGUUCGGGCUUGCUGUACAGAAAAUAAUAUGAAGGCAGCUUGGGAUUUAGUGUCGGAAAUGGCGGCCUCGGGCGUGGGGCCCGAUACCAUCACUUACAACACGUUGGCUACGGCUUAUAUUAAGGAUGGACAGAUGAGUGAGGUAAAAAACGUAAUUCUGGAGAUGGCAAGGAAUAAUGUGCGUCCGAAUGAAAGGACCUUCGGCAUUAUAAUCUCAGGCUGCUGCAAAGAAGGCAGAAUACAGGACGCCUUGAGAUUCGUUUACAAGAUGAAUGAUCUCGGUAUAAAGCCUAAUCUCGUCAUUUUCAAUUCGUUGAUCAAGGGGUGUGUUGACGCGUCGGAUAUUAAUGAGGUUCUAGGUUUGAUGGCAAAUUUCAGUGUCAAACCGGAUGUAAUCAUGUUCAGAACCAUCAUGAGUGCAUGGAGCAAGGCCGGCUGCAUGAUUAAGUGCGGGGAUGUUUUUUAUGAAAUGGUUCGGGCCGGAAUAAAGCCCGAUGUCCAUGAAUACGGCAUCCUAGCCAAGGGCUACGUGCGGGCCCAGGAGCCCGAGAAGGCAGAGGAACUCCUGGCUGCCAUGGAGAAAGCCCGUGUGGGCCCGAGUGUUGUGGUCUACACACUCGUCAUCAGUGGAUGGUGCAGCCGGGGCUCAAUGGGGUCCGCCCUUAAGGUUUUUGGGCAAAUGGUCAAUAAAGGGAUUUCCCCCGAUUUAAAGACCUUUGAAACCCUAAUCCGGGGAUAUGCAAGAAACAAGUUGCCGAGGAAGGCCGAGGAAGUUCUCCGGGUUAUGGAGAGGUUUGGGGUUCGGCCCGAAAAUAGCACUUUUGAGUUGAUUGCCGAAGCUUGGCAUGGGACUGGGCUAACCAAAGAGGCAAACCGGAUAAUGAGCUCGUGUGGAAAUUCGGGUACAGAUCAGGAAAUGCAUGAAGAUGGCCUAGAGAGAUUUUACGAGAAGGAAGGGGUAAAAUCGUCAUUUUCGAGUCUGGGGAUUACUAGCACGGUAUUGAGGGAUCAGAAUGGAUCAGCUGGCCCAGGCAAAAGAAGCCGGAUAGUGUUGAGGGAAGCUGGACGUUCGUGCUCGACAAAAGUUGUGAAUUUUAAGGAUCGGCAUUUGUGCGGACGAUGGCCCGUAGUUAGACGGAGAAGUGUCCAGGGGCAGCUGCUGUGUGUGUCUGAUCAGUUUGGACCAUGUUGUAUGCAACUCUUCUGUUGAUCUGAUUAAUCACUUGUAGGAGGUAAAGAAAGGAUUUUUAUCUUUUAUUUUAUUUUUUUUCUUAAAAAAAAAGUGCCACUGUUAACUCAAUUAUGGUCUGUUUGAACACCUUUAUGUCUUUUCCAUUUUAACAUUAUAACAUAUGAAGCCUACAAUGACACCUGAAAAGAAUGCUAAAAAGUGUAAGGUUUGAUGAAAAUAAAGAACAAGUGUCUCGGGAUCUCCGGUGUGGGCCCUUAGUGGUGUUGGUCGUUGUGGUUGCGACUGCCAACAGAGGUGGUGUGAGAGAGGUCGUUGGUUCGGGUCUCUUGGGCGGGUCAGGAUGCGUUAGUUUAGUAGUAGGUUUGUGUUUUUGUUUGUUUGUGUUUUUGUGUUUUUGUGUUGUUGGGAUUCUCUCGUGUGGGAGCAGGUCUAUUCUCCUGUUGGAAGUUUUUGAGUCUUGAGUUUGUUUGGUCUAGUGUCAGUUCUAGGCGACCCUCAGGUCUGGCCUUCUACUAGAUUUGGUUUUAUAGCUAUUUUGUCAGUUGUUUGGCUGUUUUUGGAUGUAAAUAUUUUUGUUGUUAUUAAAAGUUCCUAUAGUUUCUUAAAAAAAUGAAAAAGAAAAAAAA